AAUGGUAUUUAAUAUUGAUUUUAAAACUUCUUCGCGAAUUCCUUUGUUCUCUUUGUUGAAUUAGACUGACAACUUUCAACUCGAACGCAAUGCUGCGCCAUUUAUUCAGGUCACGAGACGAUGCGUCAUGUAGAUCUGUUAAUCAAAUGAAUCCAAACAAAUUUUCAUAAUACGAGCAACAAUUUGAUUUUCAGAAUGAUUCAAAAUUCGAUAUAUAGAUUGAAGCAUAUGAUUUUAUAUAACAGAUAUAUGCAUAGAGAAAAGCGUGUGUCAUCGAUGAUGUUUGAUACGGUUUGGCAUGCGUGGCCAAGAUGGUGGUGGUAAUGGAGGCACGACGACGAUAGUUAGACUUCUCUGUAUAUCAUCGUCUCGCUUCGGUGUUCCUCUUUAAUUCUUCUAUAACUCCUCAGAGGGUGUUUAUCGUUGAUGAUGUACGUUAGUAGUGGAAUGCUAUUGAUGUGUUAGUCGUGCAUCAUCGAAGAGAGAUCGCUAGAUGGUCGGUAUAUCUGUGAGAUCGCUGCUGUGCCGUCCGAAAAUAGAUAAAUGAACGACGAGCGUGCCAUCCUUGUUGUCGGUGGUUCCACGCACUCUGUAACAAUGCACAAUUAUUAAAAGUUUAUAACCAACGCCGGAUAGGAAUGGAGGUACUCAAAACCAGUCAAGAGAUUGUUCAUGAAGGGUGGCUCAUUAAAUCGCCACCUACCAAACUUUGGCGAGCGCGAUGGAGGAAAAGAUGGUUUGCUCUUCGACAUAGUGGAGAAUUACCUGGGCAAUAUUUUUUAGAAUAUUAUACAGACAGACAAUGUAGAAAAUUAAAAGGCCGUAUUGAUCUUGAUCAAUGCGAACAGGUAGAUGCAGGCUUGAGAUUUGAAAAUCGAAAGCAAAAGUAUCAAUAUAUGUUCAAUGUUAAAACACCAAAAAGAACAUAUUAUUUAGUGGCAGAAAGUGAAGCUGAUAUGAACAAGUGGGUAGAUGCUGUAUGUCAAGUUUGUGGUUUAAAGGCAUACACUCAAGAUGAGGAACAGCAAUGUCAAAUGUUCCAGUUUGAAACGCAAGAGUCUCCACCAAUUUCACCCACAAGCACUAUCUCUGGUCCUUAUAUUCCUAUUAGCGAAUGUAUUUCUGGUCGACGAACAUUAAACGAUACUAGUUCUCUCAAUUCAGCUUUGGGACAAGGACCUGAACAUUAUGAUGCCCCAAGACGAUUAGUACCUUCUCCUCCUAGAUCUCCUACAACAACUGAUGCGGAAAGUGUCUUCACUGAUGAUGAAUGGACAGCUCCAGUGCCUAGCGUAAAUUGGGAAACUUUUCCUUCUACAGGUGAAUCCAAACAAUCUGGAUCGAGUGAUGCCGAAAUUGGUUCUUGGAGUGUUCGAAAACGAUUCGGAAAAUUAAGAAUUGUAGAUUCUACUCUACCACUUUCUGUAGAAAAGUUACCAGCACCUCCUAGACCACCAAAACCUCCUCAUAUGUUACCUGAAAAUCCUGGUCACAACUAUUUAAAUUUAGAUGGUGCUACAGAAAGUUCAAAACCCACAACUCCAGCGACUCCUGCGCCGUCAACACCUGCAACUGCAAUUGUAACGGACGAAUCGUACGAUUUUCCAAGAUCUCAUCAACCAGGAGCACCCGAACCAAACACAAUAGACAAACAUUUUUACUCUAAUGCUGCUCCAAGCAAUAUUGAAGAUGCACGCGUAUUCCGUUACGAUUUUCAAGAAGAAGAACCAUCAAGUCCACGUUCUGAAAGUUCAACAACUGCUACGUAUUCAAAUUUACCAAGCCCACUUGUUCGGGAUAAUUCAACUUCCGUACCGACAACAAUGGCACCACCACCACCAGUCGUCUAUCGGGAAUUAAAGCCAGGAAGAAAAACUAGUGAUUCUACAUCAGUUAUUAGCAAUGAACCUUCUCCAGGACCGAUAGCAUCAGUUUUGGAAAUGAGUUCUGCCGAGCAUUCUCCUGCCGAACCACCAAGUAUCAAUAGAAAGCUUAAACCUCCAUUGAAUAAAUCUCCUGUAGAAGGACCUUUGCAAUUAGCUUCUCCACCUGGAAGAGGAAGAAUUAGAGCGGCUCCUAGUCCUACGCCUCCAAUUCACGUUCAUCCAAAUCGACAUUUAUCGACAUCGGACGAAGAUAAUAAUGCUUUCGAUGAUAAAGAAGAGAUAUAUUACUAUCAAGAGCAAAACACAUUUAUUCCUGCUUCAAAUCGAAGCCUUGUUGUUUUGCAAUAUCUAGAUCUCGAUUUAGAAGCAACGGAAAACUUUACUUCUUCAAGUUUACCGCCAACUCAAUCUCCUCCAAAUACAACAGUAUAUAAAACAGUGGAUUUUUUGAAAACCGAAGCUUUUAAUCGUACUCGUCAACGAGUCGAAGAAGAGAGGAAGCAAUGUACCGAUGAACUGGCAUAGUUUUUAGAAUUUUAUUUUCUAAAUGUUUUAGAAAAGAAAAAAAAGAGAAACACAACAUUUUUUAAAUUGUAUAUAAUAUAUAUUGUUAUUAUUUAGUAGCACUUUUCGAUAUUAUAAAGCUGCGAUUCCUAUUCCCGCAGUAAUAGUGACCUUUCAAGUGCUUUUUAAAUUUUUAUGUUUGUUAUUGAAUCGAAGAUUGAUUGAAAUCUUAUAUAUCAUUAUUGAUGAUAUAUAAUAGUUGGAAACUGAAAAGAGCAAUAUUCAAUGGACCAAAAAUGUUAAAGUUAAGAAAAAACAAUGAAGAGAUAAAAAAAGAAAGAACAGUUUGUCGCGAGAAUAUGAAUUGUAUUAGAAUAUGUUAAAGAAUUUUUUAAUUUGGAAAAAAAGUAUUAUUACAUUAGGGCUAAACUGUUUUUAUAUAUGUCUUAAGAAAGACAUUUUUAGACUAUGCAAUGAAUUACGAAUAAACGAAAUUAUUAAAAAUUUUAGAUAUUCUAAUUUUAAGUAUUAAACAAAUAAUAUGUAAUAUAUUUUCAAAGUGCCUGUUGUUUUUUCUUGCUAGAGUGAUAAGUUUUUUGUUAUUGCAUGAAAUAUCAUAUUUAUGGUUACAGAUAUGAUGAAUAUAUAAAAGUUGUUUUGCAACUAUUUUUUAAGCAAUAAUAUGCUGAAAAUUUAUAUUCUUUUUCAAUAUUUUUUAAAUGGAUUUAUUUUUAAGUCUAAUUUUUACAAUUAUUAUAACAGUGUACUCAUUGUACCUGCUGGCACAAAUUUAUAAUGCGUGAUAGUAGAAAUUCUGGCCAUAAAAUUACAAUGCAAAAAAGACACAUAUUUUUUAAUAGCUAUUGAAGCACAGACUAUAUGUAACUAUAUGUAACAAUUACAUAUACAUAUAUGUAUUAAAAAUAAUACGUGAAAGUAUAUUUUAUUUAUAAAAAAAAUACAUAUAUGUUUUACUUUUAUAAUCAUCGUAUUGUAAUUUUUAUACCAAUGAAAUUUUUAUAUUACGAAACGAAGUUGUUUGAUCUUGUAUGACUAAUGUUUAUCGGGACUUUAAGAUUUUUGGUGAACGAGAAAAAUGAAUAGUGCAUAUUUGGAACGUAAUUUUUUAUAUAAUAAUCUUUGAACAAGUACAAAAGAUUUUAAAAUAACAAAUAAUAUUUUUUUUCUAAAUUCGAAGAUUUAAUUUUAAAAUUAUAUUAAUGUAUGUAUGUUAUUUAUAUUAAUACAUGACUGCAUGAUUCAGCAUCAUCAAGAAGGAAAAUGUAUUGGUAGUAUAUUUUUAUUUAAUAACGUCUAAAUAACUUUAAUGGCGGUUAGCAGAAUUUAAUUAUAACGCAAUGAAAAUUAUAUCGUAUAUUUAUACGAUUAAAUUAAAAUGUUUUUCUAUAAAUAACCGUCGAAUGCUGCAAUUAUAAAUAUUUUUCAAUUUUGUUUAUGGUAUAAUAAUGCAAUGUCAAAACAAUAUGCAAUAUAAUAAUGCACAAAAAAGAAUAAUCUGCAAAUGUGUUGGAAAAAAGUAUAAAAUUGAAGAUUAUAAAACGAAAGAAAUGUUUGGUACUUGUUUUUACUAAUCAUUUUCAUUUGCAGUUAUGCAAAAUGUUUAUCGAUAUUAACAGUUAACAAUCAUUUAUGAUUCAAUAGCGGCAUUUAUUUCGAAACAUGAGUUGAAAGUUGUUGAUGAUGAUAUUUAUUGAUAAAAACAAAGACGAUUUUGCAUAUCUUGCGCUAUAGUAUCGUUAGUCGAUAAAAUACGCUGUUAUAUCGACUCGACACAGGAAAGUCGUUAAAACAUUCUCGCAUAUACUGCCAGGUUAUUGGCCCGGUUGGUGGUUGGUGGGACUGAUGGAAAACAGAGCCUCAUUCGCUCGCUAACCGUCGAGCGUGCGUUAGUUUUGUUUGUUUUCGGGUUCGACGUGCAUAUUGUUUUUCUGCGUCGUGGAACAAAAUUGUAUCGUGUAAUAUCAAAGGCUUUAUAUCGCGACAAGUAAUAUUCGUGGGGGUGUUUUUUCCUUUUGUGUUGAAUCUGUGAAGUAUUGAAUAUUGUGUUUUAUUUUUCUAACCGUUUUACCGAAAAGUGCGCUUUGCGACUUUGUGCGACCGGCCUUGUUUUACUUUUGGAACUGAAGCAAACUCGACGAACUGGAAGGUUCUGAAAAUCGUAGCAGCAUUUCGAGCUUUAUUUCCAAACGUAUCCUUCGUUCGUUGGAGCUCCAUUUAGUCGUCGUUCCAGACGUUGUGCCAGAGUUCGCGUGAUCUAGAAAGGUAAUUCCGAACGGGUCAAUAGCCUAGAACGCGAUUCCUCGCGACUGGAUGGAU